CUCCCUCCGCGGUCACGGAGGGGCCGCCGCUGCCACGUCAGGGGAGUUUCCCGAGGCGCGGCGGGCUGGGCCCGGCCCGGCCCAGCCUUCCUUCUCCUCCGCCCCCGGCCCGCUGUCUGAGCCGCCGCGGAGGGAGGAAGCGAGCGAGAGGUGCCCGCUGCCAUGGAGGCCCGGUACAACCUCAAGAGCCCGGACUUUCUUUUGAAUCCUUGAAGUGAGAGGGAUGCCUCAAGAGAUGUGGGAGAUGUCUUGAGGAACAGCGCUGGAAGGGCAGGUUUCCCUUCCUCCAAAGGGAAACUGAGGACAGCUGUCAAACGUUUGAUGAAAGAGGCCGCAGAACUGAAGGAUCCUACAGAUCAUUAUCACGCACAGCCUUUGGAGGAUAAUCUUUUUGAAUGGCACUUUACUGUGAGAGGCCCUCCAGAUUCAGAUUUCGAUGGAGGGAUUUAUCACGGGAGAAUCGUACUACCACCUGAAUAUCCCAUGAAACCACCCAGCAUUAUUUUGCUGACAGCCAAUGGCAGGUUUGAAGUGGGGAAGAAAAUUUGCUUAAGCAUCUCAGGGCAUCAUCCUGAAACAUGGCAGCCUUCAUGGAGUAUAAGAACAGCUUUACUAGCCAUUAUUGGAUUUAUGCCAACCAAAGGUGAAGGAGCAAUAGGAUCUCUAGAUUAUACACCAGAAGAAAGAAGAGCUCUUGCAAAGAAGUCACAAGACUUCUGUUGUGAAAUGUGUGGCACAUCGAUGAAGACAGCCCUCUUACCACUAACAUCCGGAAGUGUGUCAAGCCAGGCAGACAAGGAGGCUAAAGAACUUGCCAGACAAAUUAGCUUCAAGGCAGAAGUCAAUUCAUCCAGGAAGUCUGAUGCUGGACCUUCAAACACAUCAGGUUUGAACCACUCCGCCGCUUCACGUGAGCCCCAGCAGCAUGGUGCAGCUAGAGCAUUCCAGGACCCCACAAAUGCAACGUCUGACACUCAGAAUAGCAGUGCAGCAGCCAGUCAAGAGCAUACUCCCCCUGCGUCCACUAACAUGUCUUUGAGCCCGCGGCAGCGCCGUGCCCAGCAGCAGAGUCAGAGACGGGCUCCGUCUUCAACUGACUUUAACCGGGUACAGCAACCGAGAGUCCACAUGAACCAGACUGGAUCAACUGUUCUGAUUGUCCUGCUGACUUUGGCACUGGCAGCUCUUAUAUUUCGUAGAAUAUAUUUGGCUAACGAGUAUAUAUUUGAGUUGUAAGGCUGUUCCUGUUGUAACAGCAGUGGCUUGAAUGCUUCAUUGAACAUUCUGUAUUGGGUAUGACAUGAGAACUGUUUACAAAGGUUACGUUUUGUAUUUACGCUUAAGUCCUUAUGAAUGUUAAUGUACCUACAGAUACAUUACUUGUAAGAAAAGCAAAGUUGGACAUGGAGCUACAAGUGUUAACUGAGGGCCCACUGGAUACUUGGAGAAACAGUGCAGUGGACUAGUAACAUUAAGGCACGUGGGAGGGGAGUCAAUUUGAGUAAUCUGUCAACUAGAAAGACCAUUUUAAAAAAGGUUUUAUUCACUUUUUUAUGGAACAUAAAUGCAAUUAAUCACCCCGUCUAAGUUAGUAUAAGAUUUGACAUUGGAGAAGGGAUUUUAAAAUUAAACACUACGAUGUGUUUGUGUCCAGUGAACUCUUAAUUUAGAGAGGAUACAGUUCUGUAACCACUUUUAUUUACCGUGACACAUUUCUGAAGAGGGAACACAUACGAAUAGGUUGUGAUGCUGCUUUGUGUGUGUGAAAGGGGGAAAGGAGUAGGGGAGGGAAGAAGGGGCCACAAUACUCCUUGCAUUAUUUUGAUUUUUGGUGUUUUUGGAAGAAAGAUUGGAUAAUCUUUUUGCAAGAUUUGAAUGUCCUCUUCUAAUACUCUCGAUUGUAUAUCUUGGGUUUUUUAAAUUUUAAGAUUAUAUAAAAUAUGUCUAUUCUUGCAAUAGUUAUAAAUAUGUAAUAUAAUUAUUUACCCAGAGCUAUUGUCUUUUAAUUAUACUGGAAAUAUACAUAAUGUGUUAAACUGAAAGUUUCAUAUGUGGUUUUAUUUACUAAAGAAAAUUUAAACCUUAUUGUACUUAAACUCUCAUAUAUACGAACAUGCUUAAGAGAAAUAUUUAUUAAAACCUUGGUAGUAAUAAAGAGUUUCAAGCCAGUCUUUGGUUAUGUGUCAAGUAUCACAUGGCCCUUUUUUUUUUCUCCCCCCCACCCCUGUGUUUCUUAAAACCUAAAAUGAAGAUUGGACCCAGAGGCUUUCUGCAUUAUUGGUUUAUUAAAAAACAAUUGGUAAUAUUAAUGAAUGCUGUGAAAUCACAUAUAAAAGCAAUAGAUCUACAACUGUUAGGGUUUUGAGAGGUUUUUGUCUGUGAAUGUAAAGUGUUGCAGUGAAGUAGAAGAAAGCAGUCAGUGGGAUAAUUUUCCUUGUUGUAUUAUUGUUCAGAUUUAAAUGUAUUUUAACAUGUUAUUUCAAAGGCAAUGAAAUUUAGCUAACUCAUUUUGUUGCUGUCAAACUUAAUAGCACUGACCUAAAUGAGAUUCUCAUCCUGUUUCUUAGCAAGUAUUCAUCAAACUGCUACAGCUUUCCUAAAUUUUGUUAAAUAUACUAUGUAUUAGUGUUUUGAAAUAUUAAAGUAGCUAUAUAACAACUUCUAAAAUAAGAAAAGCCUGUUGUGUGUCUAACAGGGACGUGGAAAUGAAAAAUACCAAAAACUGAGUUCGUUCUUAGCACUUUUUCUGGAUUGUCGAUGGUGAUGUUUGCAGGUACAGUGGGACAGAGAUAAAAAAAAUAGUUUUCUUAAGUUCAGACAAAUGUAGUUUGUUCAGCAGUUACUUACAUAUUCCGCUGCAGAACAAUUUGAUGUCAAUAUAUUAAUUGAUUUGGUUUUCCCUAAUUUAUUUAUAUUUUUUAAUUUUACCAGAAAUUAAAAAAAAAAAAACAAAACCCAAAAAACCUCCAGAUCCUGUGUUUCCUAGUUGGCAUGUUGCUUGAAUACCUGUUCUAUUCAAGUAUGUUGUAAACGUGGGCUCACAGAGCAGAGGUCUGACCCAGAAGACAGUUUUUCUGGGUUUUGGCCCACUUGCUCCUCUGGAAGCUUUGCUUUUCUUAAAGGCUCACUGCUGUGCCAAGCAAAGGCGCUCGUACCUGCACCACACACUGGUUAUUCAUAAAGCAGCUAAGUCUGCAAGGAGGCAGCCUGCGUUGCCCUUAGAAUGGGCUGUGGGAAGAUAAGCUUUGAAUGGUUUCUGAAAAUAGCCUUGUCCUUGUGAUUAAAGAAGUAGCUGCUUUUUAAUUUUUCAUUUUUAUUUCAAACAUUUUUAAUAGUUAAAAUGCCUGAUUGUGCAAAUACCUAUUUGAAAAAAUAAAUAUUAAUGGUGACUUGA